AUGGGCAUUUCUCUUAAGUGCCCUGGUGCAGAUGACAAGGAGGACCUUCUAGGAGGGAAAAAUGAUGACAUAAAUGAGUGUGCAGAAGGGCUUGCUCACUGUGGCCAUCGCUGUGUGAACUCAGUGGGAUCUUUCACUUGUGCCUGUCACCCUGGCUCUGAGCUGGGAGCUGAUGGAAAACGGUGUUACAGGAUUGAAUUGGAAAUUGUCAAUAGCUGUGAAAAGAACAAUGGUGGUUGUUCACAUCACUGCGAACAUGCACUUGGUGGGCCCCAUUGUUCCUGUAACCAUGGACACCGGCUUGAUUCAGAUGAGAAAACAUGCAUAGACCUUGAUGAAUGUGAGAGUGGAGAAGCCUGCUGUGCCCAGCUCUGCAUCAACUAUUUGGGAGGCUAUGAAUGCAGUUGUAAGGAAGGCUUUCAGAUCAGUUCUGAUGGUUGUGGGUGUGAUGAUGUGGACGAGUGUCUGGAUACCAGGAGAGUCUGUGAUCAAGUAUGUAUUAACUCUGUGGGAACAUACCACUGUACUUGUGAGGAAGGCUACAGAAUUGGAAGUGAUGGAAAAACUUGCAUCUCUUUAGAUGAUGAUGAGCUAGAGGAAGGAGAAGAGGAAUUAGAAGUUGUGAGGUUCGCAGGCCUUCUGUUCAAGAGCCCGUCUAGACUGCUUCAUUAUGUUGCUUCAUCUCUGCCUCCCACCUACCAAGAUGAAGCCAACUUCUCCAUUUCCUUCAUAGCUUGUUCCCCCGAGACCAAUGGGGAAGAAUGUGGAAGCAUCUGUGAUUGUCAGAAUGGAGGCACCUGCGAUCCUCUAACUGGGCAGUGCCAGUGCCCCCCAGGGGUGCAUGGGAAAACCUGUGAACAUGGAUGCCCUAAAGGACUCUUUGGGAAGAACUGCAAAAGGAAAUGUAACUGCGCCAACAAUGGCCAUUGCCACAGGGUGUACGGUGCCUGUGUGUGUGAGCCAGGGCGCUAUGGGAGGUUUUGUCAUCUGAACUGUCCCAAGGGGGCCUAUGGGGCUGGCUGCGCUUCCGAAUGUCAGUGUGUGGAGGAGAACACCCUGGAAUGCAGCGCCAAAAAUGGCAGUUGCACCUGCAAAUCUGGUUACCAAGGCAACAGAUGCCAGAAAGCCUGCCCUGAUGGACUCUGGGGACCAGAGUGCCAGGUCUCCUGUGGACCCUGUGAGAAUGGAGGUCAAUGUAACAAAAAAACUGGAAACUGUGACUGCCCUCCUGGUUACACAGGAAAAGACUGCACCACACUUUGUCCACCAGGCACAUAUGGGAAGGACUGUAAACAGGUAUGUCAGUGUUCGGCCGAGAAAGAGGACUGUCACCCAGUGACAGGGAGAUGUAGCUGUCUGCCCGGCUACCAUGGAAACCACUGUCAUCUCGAAUGUCCAAAAGGCACUUAUGGUCCCUAUUGCCAAAGGACUUGUAAGUGCUUGAAUGGUGGCAACUGUGACAUCGUGAUUGGCACCUGUGACUGCCCUCCAGGCUUCAUUGGGGCUGACUGCAGUCAAACCUGUCCUGCCAAUCACUACGGGAAGGACUGUGUCCAGCGGUGUUCCUGUGGCCCAGGACAGUGUGACCCAGUGACUGGAGAGUGCCACUGUUCACCUGGCCAAAUGGGAGCCACGUGUCAGCAAGGAUGUCCCCAGACAAGGUAUGGCCCAAAUUGUGAGCUCAUUUGUACCUGUAAAAAUGGUGGCCUUUGCAAUCCUGUGGAUGGAAGCUGUACCUGUGGCCUUGGAUGGACAGGAAAUUAUUGUGAAAAAAAAUGUUCCCCUGGGUAUUAUGGCCCAGGCUGCCAUUUUACUUGCAUCUGUCAGAACAGUGGAGUUUGCAACAGGUUUUCUGGAAGCUGUGAGUGCCUCCAAGGUUACUAUGGGAGAGACUGUGAACACGCAUGCCUUCCUGGAUUUUAUGGUUUGAAUUGUGCUCACAUCUGUGACUGCAGAAAUGGAGCCAGUUGUGAUGCAACGAGUGGACAGUGCAUUUGCCCAGCAGGUUUCCAUGGCAGCCAGUGUGAAAAAGAGUGUUCACCUGGAAUGUUUGGAGACAAUUGCCAGCAUCUUUGUGACUGUGAAAGCAAAAUCUCCUGCCACCCAGUAACUGGAAAGUGCCUCUGCCCACCUGGAAGAGCCGGAGCCAGAUGUGAAGCUGAAUGCAGGCCAGGCCAAUAUGGACCUAACUGCGCUCUGACGUGCCAAUGUGUCCACAGGACCCAGUGCAACCCGCUCAAUGGGAGCUGUACUUGCCCCUCAAAGAGAAUGGGUCCAACCUGUGAGGAAAACGUUUUGGAUGAUCUUCAAUAACAGAACACUAGCAGCUUUUCAGUGGGUGGACUGAAUUUCGCCAAGGCUCACCCACAGUUUAUCAUCUUAACUUUGGCAGGGAAAUGCACUUACUCAUCCAUCUUCAGCCCAACCUCUCCUGUUGUGAGGUGAAAAAUGAUGUCUCCAAUUUAUGGCCUCCAAGUAGAAGUUCCAUUCUCCAGCCUACCCUUCCCAACUUUCUUUUGCUGAAGAACAUGCCCAAGAAAGAGAGAAUAUUUUUUCAAGAUCCCAAUCGUAGUAACAUUUUGGACUAAUAAACGAAACUCUUUUUAUAUGCACAGGCGGUAUUUAAAUUUGGAAGUAAGAAAUGCCUCUCAGUUCAGCUUGGACUGCACUGAAAUAUUCACACCUAGUCACUGAAGACCUCAGUGGUCUUUAAGUAGCUGGAUCCUCUUUAGAAAUGUCUAGAAUUUCAUCUAUUUAUUCUUAGUAUCCUGCUCCACAGCUGAGCCUGCUUCAGGUUGUUAAUGUAUUGUAUUUCGAACAUGACUUUUGGUGUGGGAGACUAUUAAGGCUUUAGCCACAUACAGAUCUGGGUAAAAGUAUGAUGGGCACACUUACAAUGAAUCAUCAAAAUGCUUAGUGGUGUUCUCCUCAUCACUGGUCAGCAGACAGGAAAAAAGUAAGUAGAAAUGAUCAAGGUGAGGUGCUUAGCCUGCUCUGUGGGGGCACAAAUUUCCAAUAGAGUAGGGACUCCCUUCAUUUCAAGGAAAAAAUAAAUAAUAAAUAAAAACAGUGACUGCCAACAGGGGGAAUAAAACAAGAAAACCAGAUUUCUCGCCCUUACUAGAGAUCUUGUCUCCUAUUACAACAGGUGAGAAACUCACUCUAGAAAAAAAGUUUCCAGAAACUUUGCAUGGUGGGAAAAAAAAGAAUAAGAGAUUUCUUUUGGGUGAAAUUUUUUAUACCAUAUUGCUUAACUUUUUAUAAACAAGAAGCCUUAUGUAAAAUGUUAAGUACAGUUCUUGGCAAAAGGUCAAUGGCCCAAUAUUAUCUCUUUUCAUCCCCCAUGCCACCACAAACUCUAAAAUAAAUCAUGAGAGUGGGAAAGCAAAGCCAUAGCCUAACCCUAUAUUUGUACUAUCACAUGACCCAUAGACAAAUGGAGUUUCACCUUCAUCCUUAUAUCAGUCAAUAAGAACUAAUGCCAGUUACUGUAACCACUUUUCUUUAUAAAAGUUUUAUAGGUUGUCUUUCAUAUCAAAAAAUAAAAUACAAAAAUGUUUAAUAUCCAGAAUAUUUUCAUUUUCUGCUUGGUCACCUUGAAAAAUCUUGAUUUAGAUGGCACCCUACAAAAGUUAAUAGUCAUGUGAUAAGUUAUUCCUUCUAAAAAUUAUUCCAGUUCUUCUGCUUGAGGACACUAUCAGAUGUCCGAAAAUUAUUAGAGGCAAUGACAUUUCAUUCAUGAACCAACAUACAAUAAAUGUUCCUCUUAAAUAAUGUAACAGCGGCAAAUUUAUCAAAUAGAAUUUCCUUGCAAAAUUAUGUAACUAGAAUUUUAAAAAUCAUUUUAAUAGCUGCAUCUCAAAAAUGCUUCAACUUAAGAAUAUAGUUCACAGUGACGUGCAUUUCUGAGGAAAUAAAUAAUGUAUCCUUUUUACUUUCAUAAGGAUUUAUCUGAGCUUUCUACAUGUAAACAGUUAUUCAGACAGAGUUAAGUGUAAUCUGCCUACCAAAAAAAAAGUAAUUUGCACAGAAUUUUAAAAAACUCAGCUAUUUAAAAGUAAGGCAUGAUUUAAUAGGCAUGUCCUCUUUAAACUAAAGUCCAGUGUCAAAUUAGAGUCAUUGUCAUGGGGUAGAAAUACUUCAUAUUACUCCUUACUUUCUCUCCUUCUAUAAUCUGCUCUUUGAAUGUAGAAAUGCUGACCCCAAAAGAAAUCCAUCCACCCAUAAUACCCCUUUAGAAAGGUGCCUAUGCUGUGAUGUUUCAGGCUCUUUCAUUUGAAAUACAAGAUCAGAGUGGGGAUUAUUAUGCUUUUCUGCAAUAAUAUAGCUCAAGUUUAAAGAAAACUGAGCAGAUGUAUGGAAGUGUGCUGGCUAAUUUGGAGUUUCCAUCUAGCAUGCGUGGGAUAUACCAUUUCAGUUUAACACCUAACAUUCCCCCUACUCUUUCUAACUUCUAUGCUCAUUUAUUGAGUUUUCCAGAUGAGACAGCUAUUUGACACAGGCUAAAUUAUUUUUAGAGAACUUGGAAAUCAUUCCAAGAGUUAGUGGCAAGAAUGGCAUUUCCUUUGUUAGAAAUAGCAAAGAGGGUUUGGCUUCGGUAGGGCCUCUUUCACCUUGGUUUCUUCAGGACCUGGUAAUA